AUGUCAAAGGACAAGACCCUCCGCAUCUUUUGCUUCGGCGACUCGCUGACGGCCGGAUACUCGUCCUACGGGGCCGUCUACCACCCCUACUCCAUCGCCCUCACAAAGCUGCUCGCAGUGUACCUGUCCGACACGCAAAUCGUGGCGACGGACAACGGCAUGCCCGGGGAUGUCGUUUCGCAGGGAGCCUUUGCGCAGCGUUUUGACAGCGAGAUGAGCCAAGCACAAUACGACUGGGCAAUCAUACUGGGAGGCACAAACGACCUUGCAUUUAACGUGCCGCCAGAUAGGAUAUUUGACUCACUCCGGGGAGUAUACGACUCCGCCAUUGCCAAGGGUAGCAAGGUUCUUGCCUUGACAGUCCCCGAAUGUGCAACCAAGAGUGAGAAGCUGGAUGCCCGCCGGCGACAGCUCAACAACGCUAUCCUCACCCAUCAAUCACCAAAUUACCACGCCUUCGAUCUUAAUCCGAGGAUCCCAUUCCACGCCCUCACCGAUCGGGAGUGCAAAAGAUACUGGGACGACGGCCUGCACCUGACACCAGCGGGCUACGACUGGAUGGGCACGCACAUUGCCGAAGCCCUCCGCGACGUUGUAGAGCUCGAGCGCAAUCCUCAGUCCAAGAGAGCGCGUAGGGCGCGGCGCAACGCCGAGGAGCAAAUCUCCUUUGACGAGGAGGACGGCGAUCCACACUCGCUCAGCGAGGGUUAUGUGGUCGUGCGGAUGAGAGACUUGAACUAG